AAUUAGGCUACUUUUAUGAUUAUCAGGUUGGGCUCUAGCCUGUGAUUGUCCUACUUUUUGUCAGUGAUAUCUGGCAAAACUGGUUGUAAACAUAAACUGCGUAACUGUAAAUUAUAGUGUUUUUCUCAUCCCAGAGCUGCCGUGUGGCUAAAAAAGUAAAUAAUGAAAGUUCACCACAUUUUAAUUGCGCAAGUUUUGUUUGCAUAGGAGGCUGUGGACCAGCAGUGGUUUCUUUUCAUACACACAUCUGACGGGUGUCACUUACAAGCAUGGAGCAAUUUCCUGACAACAGACUCUGUAGAGGGUUGAGCUGAGUUCAUCGACCACUUCCUCAUAUGCAAAUUUAACCCAUCAGACAUAUAAAUGACACGUGUUGGUGUUAGUUUGUCUUUAGUUCAUUUAAAUAAGGGAAAUACGUGGCUGCAGAAAGUGGUUUUUGGAUGACAGGGAAGAGCUGGCUUUGUUAUUUAUUUUUGUGUUAGCAGUGAAGAUGGAUAUUUGGUGUCUUAAACAGCUUUCUGCUUGGACAGUUGUGAGCCUCCUCUGUGUCUCCUCUCAUAAGGUGACAGUGAAGGAAACUGACUUGAACCUGUGUGAGAAGGAUGACAAAGUGUGUGUCACCGACUUCAGAGACUGCAACCCCCGAACGUCUACAUCUAUACUGAAGACCCUGAACAUGUCUUGUUUCUACCAGAUGUCGAACAGAUCUGUGACAUGUGAGUGGGGUCAGUCUGACGGCGCCACUGAGUCUGACGCCUCUCUGAUCUUCAGCAGUGACGAUAAAGUCAUCUCCUGUAAGGGCAUCUUCAUCCCGGUAGCCAACCUCAAAGUGACAGCCAAAGUGAAAGACUACACGUUGGGGAGAGAGAUCUGGUCCCAGCCUCAUAAUGUGUUUCUGUUCGAUAUAAUGAAACCCUCUCAGCCUGCUUUAACUCUACUCGGCUCCACUGAGGACUCUGUCACCGUGUCUUGGAACGGUUCACGCCGCUGUCGGCUUCGCUACAGAGUCAACAACACUCACACAUGGACUCAGGCUCCAGAUUUGAUCUCUGCACGUCCACAGAACUACACGAUCAAAGACCUUCUGCCGUUCACCGUCUACAGAGCCUCUGUGGCCUGCAAGGAGGAUUACGGCAUCUGGAGCGACUGGAGCUCUGACAUCACGGCGAGGACGCUGGAAAGAGCGCCCUCCAGACCUCCGGAGGUGUGUUACAGAGUGGAGAAAACAGACUCUGGUGAACGUCCUCAGCUGCGUCUCAUGUGGAAGGAUCUUGACCUCAGUGAGGCCGGAGGUCGUAUCCUUGGAUACCAGGUGAGCUACAAGCCGGUGAAGGAGUGGCCUCUUCAGGACAGAACGCUGAUUCAAAACGUCACAGAGGUGACGGCGCUCCUAGUGGUGGAGGAGGGGAACUGCAACGUCACGGUUAAAGCCUUCAACGAAGCCGGAUACGGACCUGCUACGUGUCUCAAGAUCGACACACACAGACAGAACACUCUCCCCUCAGUCAGGAACCUCUGGGUCUCCAGUUCUGUGAAAGACCUUCUGGUCCAAUGGGAGAUCCCCGCCGCCCCGCCUGUCAGUCAUUAUGAUGUUCAGUGGCGCCCAGAGACACGUCCGUCCACCUGCUGCUGGACCAGAGUGGGCGGCUUAAACACCUCCGCUGUCAUUAAAGAUGUUGACCCUGAUGUUUCCUACAUGAUCAGUGUGUUCCCUGUCGUCAAGCAGCAGUGCGGAUCUCCUCAGUCGCUGGCUGCCAGUCUGCAGCAGGGAGCUCUGAUGGAGGUGGUCAGACCGAAGGUGGUGGACACGACCAAAACGACAGUAACGGUGGCGUGGGCGUGGCAGAGGAAGACCGCACCAAUCAGAGUGAACAGAUACGCUUUGAUGCUGAGGAAAGACGCAGAGACGCAAACUCUGUUGCUGUGGCCGGACCAGUGGCAGCACACCUUCCUCCACCUGGAACCCAACACUGAAUACUCCCUCCACCUGUUGGCUGAUAACGUGUCCAGAAACAUCAUCCCUGUCAGGACACAUUUCGAUGAGAUUCCAGUGGUGGCUGCAGUCACUCCUCUGCUGCUGCUGGCUGUUACUGUGCUCAUCAUCUCCAUCCUGUCCAGGACUGUGUACAAGUCAUACUUCUUCCCACGGAUCUCCAGCCCUCGGGGCAGCACCACAGGCCAGUGGCUGAUGUACCAACAUCACGAGAGAACUAGAGAGAGAAGCAUCCUGGAUAUCGAGGACUUCCAGGUGACGGAUGGACUCAGAGUGAAAAGCGUCAUCAUGGUGGGACCGAACUCGCAGCCCUCCAUGGAAGAGGACCUGCAUGAAGACACGCCGGUGCUGUCGCUCAGUCACCUCAUCAUCAAGCUGGACUUGGACUACGUUUCUGACAGUCAACCAGACACGGAGCAGCAGCCGGAUUCUCUGCAGUCCUUUCAUCCCAACUACACCGUGAAGGGCUGUUACCCUGACGACACAGUCUUCACGUCUGAGGAGAACCGAGAGGCCAACUAUCAGACGCACGGAGUCAACGGCUAA